AUGACUGGCCAAUCUCGAGGACACUCUGAUGCCUCAAACAACGUUGGCGAUUCAGCAAAUGUUGUUUCGUCGUUUGAUCUCGAGCCAAACCCGUUUGAACAGAGCUUUGCGACCACGAAAAAGGCCCAUACAUUAAAAGCUCCCGACGCAGAACACGCUAGUGCUCAUCAAACUGACGGGCAACAUCUGGCCGGAUCAAUGAAUACAGGUGUGCUGAACGCUUUUCCGGCUCACAAAACCACUUUGGAGUAUCCCCAGCCAGCGCAACCGUCAGGUAUGCCAGCACAUUCCAAUGUUACUUCUCACGGGCAUUCUUUUGACCACUCGGCUGCUGCAAAUUCCAACAACCCCACAUCAUACAAACUGGAGCCGCACAUGGAGCAUGGCAAACCAGAUGAAUACUCCACAAGGCUUCCGCCGCUGUUGUUAACCGAUCCUGCGCGCUCUUCGUCGUCGAUGAUUGUCCAGCAGCACACAAGAUCGCCAGGCUCCUCUACGGUACAUUCCAACCAUCCCCAUCCGCAUUACCAGUUACCGCCAGCUCAAAAUUCACAUUUCACCCCGCUCUCACAGAACGUCAUGCCUCCAGGCACUACAACGCCCAGUUUCUUUCUGAAUCUUUCGAAGACGGGAUUUACACCCAACUCCACUGGCAUGCGCCCAUGCUUGACUCCAGGAAAUGUUCCGGCAACAGAUCCUUCACACUCACAGCUGCAAGGUCAUCCCAAUAAUCAUGUACAGCACCAAGGGAAACCGCCGCCUCGCCCAUCACCGUCCCUUCAAUCUCCAGCCAACAUCAUGCCACCGUUAUCUCUACCAGCUGAACAGAUCACUCCAGGUCUCUCUUCGCUUUUAGGUCUACCCUUGCAGCAUCAGAUUCCACAGCAACAGCAGCCUCAGUCUCAAACGCAACGAUUCUCGCCAAAAUUAGGUAUGCAAUCUGCUCAGUGGGGGCCGCUUUCUGCUCAGCUGUCUGGCAAUUCUACCGCUGUACACUCGAACUCAUCAACAUCUUCGAAUUCCCUUGGCGUAAUACCUACAGCCAAUAACAAAAAGGCGAUGGCAUCUGUUAAAUCUGGUCGUGGAUCUGCGGACUCUCAAUCAAGCUCAGAUAUGACAAGAGUUCCUUCUACUGGACAUACAGCGGUUCCAGGUGAGUCCAAAGUUUUAAGUUCAAAGGAUUCUCCUUACAGCAAUGAGCCCCCCACUAAAAGGUACAAGGGAAAAAGCAAGGCUAAUCUGCCCAAAGCUGUAAUAGACACUUCUUUCUCUAGACCAAAGAAUGAGCAAGAUCGCAAACGCAGAGAGUUUUUGGAAAGAAACAGAGUCGCAGCAUCAAAAUUUCGGAAGCGUAAGAAGCAGUACAUUAAAAAAGUUGAAGCCGAUCUGAAAUUCUACGAGACAGAGUACGAUGACUUGGGCCAGUGCAUGGACAAAUUAUGUGGAAUAUCCAAGACAAAUAUCAACUCAUCUUUAGUGGGAAUGCUCAAACAAGCUCUUUUGCAAGAUGAUAUGAAAUCAUCGCUGACGCUUUGCAGUCACAUAGAGCAAGUCUUAUUACAGACUCACUACGUUCAACGCGGAGGUGGUAAUCCAGUGCGCGAAGAAGAGGAAAGGAGGAGACUCGAGAACCCAGAGGGAGACAACUCUGAGUACGAAUAUACGCGACGCUCUUCAAUGGCUGCUGGCUCUGAGGCAGAUGGGUACCAACAGAAUCAAGUACUAGACCAGACAGAUCCCGAAAGUAGUGGCACAAAGGGUCCCUUACCAGAUCAGGCUACUGGGACCAUCAACAACCUGCCUUUAAUUAUUAAUGGCAACACGUUACUGAGUCUAGAAGAUGUCCAAAAAUCUUCUCAGAAGCAGAACCUAGUGGAAAAUGUGGAUCCGUCUGUGAAAGUCGAAGCGGGUCUGCCGAGUAAUCCAACUGGUUGA